AAGAAGAAGAGUGAUUUAAUCACAUUGGUUGAGCAGCUUGAAACGUUUGAGUUUAUAGAUAUUCACUAAACCAUUUAAAAUGUCUGAAAAUAAGAAAAUUGAUUUAUCUGGCGAUGGUGGAGUAUUGAAGGAGAUAAUACAAGAAGGGCACGGGGAAGAGCACCCAUUAAAUGGGUGCAAGGUUUCAUUGCACUAUACCGGAAAAUUAGUUGAUGGGACUGUAUUUGAUUCGAGUGUGGAACGUGAACCGUUUGAGUUUGACUUGGGGAAAGGCCAUGUCAUUAAGGCUUUUGAUAUGGGCGUAGCGACAAUGAAAUUGAAUGAAAAAUGCAAACUAACAUGCGCUCCUGACUAUGCUUAUGGUGCAGCUGGAAGCCCACCCAGCAUUCCGCCAAAUUCGACACUAAUAUUUGAGUUGGAAAUGCUCGGCUGGAAAGGGGAAGAUGUUAGCCCAAAUAAGGACGGUAGCAUUGAGAGAUACAUUGUCGAAGUCAGUGAUAAGAAACGAUCACCUGGUGAGGGUGCUCUGGUUAAAGCCCAUAUAACCGGCAAAUACAAUGGAAAUAUUUUUGAGGAUCGCGAUGUUGAGUUUGAUUAUGGCGAAGGCUGUGACUGUGGAGUUAUAGAAGGAGUUGAAAUCGCACUGGAAAAAAUGACGGUUGGAGAAACCUCAAAAUUGAAAAUCCAAGGGAAAUAUGCUUUCGGAAGCAAAGGGAACGAUAAUUUCAACAUUCCUCCUAAUUCCACGGUGGAGUAUAUUGUCAAGCUGAUUGAUUGUGAAAAGGGCUUAGAAGAAUGGAAAUUAACUGAGGAGGAAAGAUUGCAGCAGGCUGAAUUGUAUAAAGCUAAGGGAACAAAAUACUUUUCAAAACAGAAUUAUGCUUUGGCCAUAAAAAUGUAUAAAAAGUGCACAGAAAUUAUUUCAGAAAUUGAUAAUGAUGAAUCUAAGAAACUUAAGAUAGCAUCAAACAGCAAUAUAGCUUUAUGUUACCAGAAAUCGAAUGAUUACUUCGAAGGAAAGCAAGCAUGCAAUGAAGCCCUCAAAUUGGAUCCUGUUAAUAUCAAAGCGCUCUUCCGACGAGGCCAAUGUAAUCUAGCUAUAAAUGAAUUUAAAGAAGCUUUAGAUGAUUUCGAAAAGGUGAUCGAGUUGGAACCUACCAAUAAAGCGGCCAUUAAUCAGAUACAGAUUUGCAGACAACGAAUAAAAGAAGCUAACGAUAAGGAGAGGAAAAUUUAUGCAAAUAUGUUCAAAAAAUUAUCUGCCGCUGAUAAACAGUGAUUUUUAAAUAAAUAUAAUCGCAUAGCCAACACCAAAUACCGAGCCAGAUGUUUUAACCAAAUGCGGUGAAUGGACAGAUGAAGAUGCAAAGCGAGAAGUGGAUUUGGCAUUCGAGCGGGAUAAUAAUAUUGUUAUGAUAUAAAUUUUAAACUAUUAUAGCUUAAUAAAAUAAUACUUAAUGCAAUAACAA